AUGUACGUGCUCUUCCAGACAGCAUGCGACACGGCAAAUCUUCCAUUACUCCCGCCGUACCUCUCCGGUGUGUUGAUGACAUUCUCGGCGUAUCACCUUAUCUAUUUGUCCAUCGGACCGUGGCUUUCAACGUUCUUCUUUCCGAAAGUAUACCCUCAUCUGCGUGGCGAGAAGAAAUUGGACUGGAACGAGAAUGUCGUGUCCCUCAUUCAAGCGGUUGUGAUAUGUGUUUUGGCAACUCCAGUCGUCCUGUUUGACGCGGAGAGACAACGCAGGACUUGGCAGGAGAGGGUCUGGAGUCAGACGGAGCCCGCUGCGAUUGUCCUCAGUGUGGCAAACGGCUAUUUCUACUGGCAUUUGAUCAUGAUGAUUCGACAUCGAAAGGUGUUUGGCUGGGCAAUGGUUGCUCAUGCCCUGGCCGUUUCAUUCCUGAUGACCAAUUGCUAUAGACCGGCUUUCAUGAGCUAUGCACCAGCAUCCUUCCUGUACGAGAUCUCCACCGUUUUUCUGGACGUACAGUCGACUUUACGCUCGCUGAAGAUGGAGGGCACGAUGAUCCAGAUCGUCAAUGGGAUGGCACUGUUUGUUUCAUUCUUUCUCUUGAGGAUCGUCUACGCCACGUAUCUCCAGACAUGGUUCUACAUGGACCUCUGGGCGGCCUUGACCGCGAGUGACGACAAUAUCCCCGUGGGUUCGGCGAGGAUUCCGAUUUGGCUGUUGGUGAGCUACGCCCUGGCGGCGAUGACGCUGCAAGGGCUGAACUACCUCUGGUUCUACAAGAUCAGCAGGGCUGUCUACCGUAAGGUGUUUGUGGGAAAGAUGGCCAAGGAAUGA